UAGCAGCCAAUCGCAGCCAGGCUCGUCUGCUAUAAAAUAAAUGAUCCGAGCGUACAAAAUUCUGGAGUCCAGAAUUGGCGUUGGUGUGCUCAUUCUUCCGUCUAAGAAAAUAGAGAUCUUUGUGUCUUCCUCGAACGAUCGACAGCGUGGGCAUCAGGAAAAAUCAACCAUGCCUUUCAGCAGCACCCACAACCAGAUGAAGCUGAAGUUCUCGGUGGAAGAGGAGUACCCUGACCUCAGCAAGCACAAUAAUCACAUGGCAAAAGCGUUGACUCCGGCAUUGUAUGCACAACUUCGGGACAAACAAACUUCCAGUGGAUUUACAGUGGAUGAUGUCAUUCAAACUGGGGUUGAUAACCCAGGCCACCCGUACAUCAUGACAGUGGGCUGUGUGGCUGGAGACGAGGAGACCUAUGUAGUCUUCAAGCCUCUGCUGGACCCUAUAAUUGAGGCCAGACAUGGAGGCUACAAGCCCACAGACAAACACAAGACUGACCUGAACCCUGCCCACCUGAAGGGUGGGGAUGACCUGGACCCCAAAUAUGUCCUGAGUUCCCGAGUCCGCACUGGCAGGAGCAUCCGCGGGUUCUGCCUGCCUCCUCACUGCAGCCGUGGAGAGCGGCGUGCUAUUGAGGCAAUGUCUAUUGACGCAUUAAGUUCCUUAAGUGGGGACCUGAAAGGCAAAUACUAUGCUCUGAAGAACAUGACAGAUGAGGAGCAGCAGCAGCUGAUCGAUGACCACUUCCUAUUUGACAAGCCAAUCUCUCCACUGUUGCUGGCUUCCGGGAUGGCCCGUGAUUGGCCUGAUGCCAGGGGAAUCUGGCACAAUGACAACAAGACUUUCCUGGUGUGGGUCAAUGAAGAGGAUCACCUACGAGUCAUUUCCAUGCAGAAGGGUGGGAACAUGAAGGAGGUCUUCACCCGCUUCUGUAACGGCCUCACCAAGAUUGAGGCCCUGUUCAAGCAGAAAGGUCACGUAUUCAUGUGGAACGAGCACUUGGGCUAUGUGCUGACCUGCCCCUCUAACCUGGGCACUGGCCUGCGUGGUGGAGUACACGUCAAGCUCCCCAACCUCAGCAAACAUGACAAAUUUGGUGAGGUGCUGAAGAGGCUGAGGCUCCAGAAGCGUGGAACAGGUGGUGUGGACACUGCAGCUGUGGGCGGAGUCUUUGACAUCUCUAACGCUGACCGCUUGGGCUUCUCUGAGGUGGAGUUGGUACAGAUGGUGGUGGAUGGAGUCAAGCUGCUGGUGGACAUGGAGAAGCGUCUGGAGAAGGGCCAGUCCAUUGACGACCUUAUGCCUGCACAGAAGUGAACUCGUUGUGUUAACCCCGACCCCUGCCCCUCACACCCCAGCUCUUCAAGUGUACCUUUUGAUCAAAUAACCUUAUCCUUAUCGAGGCAUACACUUCUGUUGAGUGCUGGAGACUCUUAAAUUAGUGAAAAUGGGUCUUCCGUCAUUGUGAUGAAAGGAUGUUUAUAUCUCACAGGUAUUGGAAUGCUCUUAUGGAUUGAUUGUAACCCCUGAAAAUAAAUAUUCUUGGCCCAUUG